AUGGAACAUUCGUCCCCGUUGGCUGCCAUGCAGCCUCCAUCUGUCAUGUUUGGUCACUGUUUCCGUCCCGAACCAACGUCGUAUCCGUCGUGCGGUCCCAGGUCGGGCAUUGGAGCCAGUUCUUUCAACUUCAAAGACCUGUCCAUGAAAAAGGGCGGCGACUACUUCAAUAUGAAACCGGUCCGGGGCACGUCGCCAACCGCAAGCCUUGCUGCGGACUUGUCUCAGAAUUUUCAUAUCGAUCAAAGCCCUCAAUUGGCAACGCCCAGACGGUCUUUGUUCUCUUCGAACCUGUUUUCACAGGGCAAUGAAGAUACCAUGACCACUCCUCCGAUGCCAUCUUCGCCUGCUGCCGCUAUGGAUGGUAUGGAAAUGUCUCCUUUGCCGCACAAGCCAUCGUUUUCCGUUGCUCGGGAUACCGACAUGAAGUCUCCGAGCUUGGACAUGGAUUCGCCUAUGCGGACAAGUGUCCCCAGUCCGCUGCAGGAUUCGCCGAUGCUGCAAAAGGAGAACCUUAUUGAGAGAAAACGUCCUACCUUUCUGCGUCCCUCUCUCGCGAAGAGCAGAGCUCACUCUUACCAGAUGGGGAUGAACCGUCCGGCCCCCGAGAGUCAAGCUCCCCCGUUCCGAUUCAACAGCCGUGCCCAUGGAAAGACUUCGUUGAGCAAUUCGGCCUCGCUGGAGGAUCUGUUUGGGGAAUCUCCGCAACGGGAACGACCCGCCUUGCGCCAUCACUCGUCUGGUAGCCUUGCCAUGAAUGCGCGAUUGCGCGGCGGUCUGGGAACCAGUGGAAGCCACGCCAAGAGCUGUGGUUCUCCCGCGUCGUCGAUUCGCAAGAGCUCCAACCCCUGCCUGCGCCCUCGAAAGCUGUGCAGACGGUCGUUGAGUAUGUUUGAACACCCACAGGACGUUGUAUCCGAAAAAGAAGCCAACUACACCACAAAUGCACCGCUUCCGUCGAUCCCCGAUAUCGACAUUGAAGGAACCCCCUCCCUACAGCUGCCUCACUUCAUUCCGGAGGACCAGGGAGAUUCAUUGGCUCGGAUCAACAGGGAGACCCUGCUGGAGGUUAUGGACGGAAAGUACAACGACCGGUUCGAUCACAUCUUGGUUAUCGACUGCCGUUUCGAGUAUGAGUAUGAAGGUGGGCACAUCAACGGAGCGCUGAACUACAAUGACAAGGAGUCGCUGGCCGCUCAGCUUUUCGCGGAACCGAAACCACGGACUGCACUAAUCUUGCAUUGCGAGUACUCCGUCCACCGGGCUCCGAUCAUGGCGAAGUACCUUCGUCAUCGGGAUCGCGCUGUCAACAUUGAUCAAUACCCGAACCUUAGCUAUCCCGAUAUGUACAUCUUGGAAGGGGGUUACAGCGCUUUCUUUGCUGAGCAUCGCUCGUUGUGCUACCCCCAGAACUACGUUGAAAUGAACGCUAAAGAACACGAAUACGCUUGUGAGCGCGGUCUCGGUAAGGUCAAGCAACGGUCCAAGCUCAACCGUGCGCAGACCUUUGCCUUUGGGGAAAACUCACCUGAGAUGGAAGACAGCCCAACCGGGCGAUGCCGCAACCCUGGCAGCCGCUUCUUGGGAUCUCCUUUCGGGGAUAGUCCUGCUCCAGGUCGGAGUCCUGCUCGCCGCAUGCUUUCCUACUAA